CUCACCCCUUUCUCUCUUUUUCUAUUUUCUUUCUUUUUCUUUCUUCUCUCUCCUAUCUCUCUAUCUCUCCAUCUCUGGUGGGUUUGGAGGUGGUAGUUGAUUUUGGGGGUUUUGGAUGUGGUGGAGAUGGUGAUUGAUUUUGGGUUGUGGCUGUGAGUUUUGUGACUUACUAUUAUUAAAGACAAUAUAAAGUGGCACAACAACGAGAUACCCAGAGCGCGAGAGAAAGAGAAAAAGAGAGAUACCAGUGGUUGCCGCCAGCAUGGACUAGAGCAAGAGCCGGAGCCGAGCAGACGACAUAUCGGACUCACCGAGUGGCAACUGGCGGUGCUAUGGUCUAUGGGGUGCACACAUACUAAUCAUACGACACAGGGGGUACGGGUAGGCAAUAAAUUAAAAGAGUAGGGGUAAAAAAGAGAAGGCAAAAGAUAGAAAGAGACCCUAAAAGAAAGAAACGAUGAAGACAAAGACUCAUAGUCCCAAAGUUACAAAGACCUCUCCAGUCCCAUACCUUUCCUCAACUCAAUUCCCAAAAUGUCUCCAUUGACAUUAGCUAUUUUCCUUCUACUAUCCAUCUGGACAUUCAUACACAUCCUAUCACGGCCAAAGAACCACAAAAAUCAGCCUAAACUCCCACCGGGCCCUCGUUCCUUACCAAUCAUCGGUAACCUUCACAUGCUAGGUAGUCUCCCACACCGAGCCCUCCAUAGCUUAGCCAAAAAAUAUGGACCCAUCAUGUCAUUACGGCUUGGCAAUGUACCAACUAUUGUGGUCUCAUCUCCUCAAGCUGCUGAGCUAUUUUUAAAGACCCAUGACACCAUUUUUGCUAGCCGGCCAAAACUCCAAGUCUCUGAAUACUUGGCUUAUGGUACCAAGGGCAUGGCUUUCACCGAGUAUGGUUCAUAUUGGCGCAACAUUAGGAAACUAUGUACGUUGCAACUUCUUAGUGUUUCAAAAAUAGAUUCAUUUGCACCUGUGAGGAAGGCGGAGGUAGGAUCACUAGUGCAGUCACUGAAAAAAGCCGCGGCGGCGCAUGAGGUCGUGGACCUUAGUGGGAAAGUGUGCGAACUUAAUGAGGAAACUACAUGUAGAAUGAUAUUUGGGCGAAGUAGUGAUGAUAGAUUCGACUUGAAAACGCUUAUUGAGGAGAACUUGAGCUUGGCGGGGGCUUUCAAUCUAGCUGAUUAUGUGCCUUACCUUGGGGCACUUGAUCUACAGGGAUUGACACGACGUAUGAAGAAAUGUAGCAAGGCUUUGGACAUAGUCUUGGAGAAUAUCAUCAAGGAGCAUGAAAAAAUUCCUAGUAGUGGUCAACAAGAUCGGGAAACAGACUUUAUAGACACGCUGCUUUCUUUGAUGAACCAACCCAUGAAUCCUCAUGAUGAGCAAGUAUACAUUAUUGAUCGAACAAAUAUCAAGGCUAUCAUACUAGACAUGAUUUCGGGUGCAUAUGACACUUCAGCUGCUGCGAUUGAGUGGACAUUUUCUGAACUCUUGAGGUAUCCACGAGUGAUGAAACAUGCACAGGAGGAGCUAGAACGUGUAGUUGGAAUGAAUCGGAUGGUGGAGGAGACUGAUUUGGCGAAAUUACCGUACUUGGAUAUGGUGGUGAAGGAAAGCUUACGACUUCAUCCUGUUGGACCAUUAUUAGUCCCACAUGAAUCCAUGGAGGACAUUGAGGUCAAUGGAUAUUAUGUCCCCAAGAAAUCACGAAUAAUAAUAAAUUUUUGGGCUAUUGGACGAGAUCCUUGUGUGUGGUCUGAUAAUGUGGAAGAAUUUUACCCUGAAAGGUUCAUAAAUAGUAAUAUAGACCUCAAAGGACGUGACUUCCAGCUUAUCCCAUUUGGGUCUGGUCGCAGAGGGUGCCCUGGAAUGCAUCUAGGCCUUACAACUGUUAAAUAUGUUCUAGCUCAAUUACUACAUUGCUUUCACUGGGAGCUCCCUAGUGGUAUGUUGCCUAAUGACUUGGAAAUGAGUGAGAAGUUUGGGCUAUCAAUGCGAAGAGCUGAGCACUUGUCUGCAAUGCCAACUUAUCGCCUACUUGGUUAAAUCUAUAAGAGAACGAUGAUAUAAUCUUUAAGAAGGUUUUACUUAUUCAGAUUUGUUUGGUUUCGUUGUUCCAUAUGACGGCUGAAAUAAUUGUGGCACCAAAUAAACUCAAGU